AUAUGGGAUCCCCCCCCUCCUCCCCUCGGCCCCCCUCAGCGGAGCGCACACACUUGACCAAUUGCGCCGCGCAAGAGUCUGAUGGCUCAUUUGAAUUCUGCGAUCCUCUGUGGGUAGAUGUGGUACAGUAGAGUGGGGAGUUGUAGUGGAGGUCCUGUGUGCGUGUGAGUGUGUGCGUGCGUGCGUGCGUGCGUGUUUGUGUGAAUCCUAGAAUAGAAAUCCAAAGGGGAGAAGGAGAAGAAGGAGAGGAAGAAGAAGAAGAAGAAGAAGCAGAAGAAGAAGAAGAAGAAGAAGAAGAAGAAGAAGAAGAAGAGAGGCGGGAUCGGUGUGUGCCUUGUUGAAAAACCCAGGCUGUGUGAGAUCGAUCAGCACUUCGCGCUCCCUUUGUGGAUUUGAUGGAUGUCUGAUCAGUGGAUGUGAUGCCCAUAUAUAUCAUCGACCGAAAAUUUCCCGACACAUCUGGUGAGUUGAUACAGACGGCAGCAGAAGGAGGAGACCCGAGAAUGACGGAGACCAACCCCCCCAAAUCGGCUAAGAAGCCCCGCUGGACCUCCCUGGAGAUCGGCCUCAUUACCAUUGUCUCCUUGCUCUUCAUCGUCAUCGUUGCCCUUGUCAUCCUCUUCGCCACGCAGAAGACUGAUGAAAUCUGCACCACAGCCGACUGCACGCAGUCAGCGUCCCGUCUCAUUGAGAACAUGGAUGCUAGCGUGGACCCCUGUGACAACUUCUACCAGUACGCCUGCGGAGGCUGGCUGAAAAAGAACAUCAUCCCCGAGACCAGCUCUCGGUACAGCACCUUUGACAUCUUACGAGACGAGCUGGAGGUCAUCCUGAAAGGUGUCCUUGAAGAAACAGUGGAGGGGGAAGCAGGUGCACUCACCAAAGCUAAGACCCUGUACAAGUCCUGCACCAAUGAGAGUCUAAUUGAGCUCAGAGGGGGAGAACCUUUGCUCGACAUGCUGCCUGAUGUGUUUGAGUGGCCCAUAGCUGUGAACAACUGGGAGGCCAAUUAUGGCAAAAACUGGAGGUUGGAGGACGUCGUCGCCAGGCUGAACGAGAAAUACGGAACUCAGCUGUUGGUUAACUUUUUCGUGGGCACCGAUGACAGGGACUCCAAUUCGCACAUCAUUCAUUUUGACCAGCAGACGAGCCUCGGCCUCUUGUCGAGAGAUUACUACGCUUGUUCCGGACCUUAUUCGGAGGCAUGCCGGGCCUACGAGCAGUUCAUGAUUGACCUCGCCAAGCUGAUCCGGGCAGACCGGGGUCUGGCCAUCAAUGAAACCAGAAUCAGGCAGGAAGUGACACGAAUUAUGGACCUGGAGAGGGACAUCGCCAACGCUACUGACACACCGGAGGACCGUAACAACCCAGUACUGCUUUAUAACAAGAUGGAACUGGGUGAUCUGAACGCCAACUUCACCCUUGAGGUUGAAUCACAGGUAUUUGACUGGAGUUACUUCACCGCUAAGAUAAUGGACACAGUCAACAUCAGUGUUCCUGACACGGAGAAGGUCAUAAACUACUCCCCCAACUAUUACAGAAGACUCAACCUUAUCUUGGCCAGAUAUAGCAAGAGGGAUCUGCAGAACUACAUGGUGUGGCGUUUUGCUAUGAACAUGGUGGUGGGCCUGAGCAGAGCUUACAGGGACACCAGGAAGGCCUUCCGAAAGGCUCUGUCUGGUACCACGUCAGAGGCGGCAGUGUGGCGGCAGUGUGCACUCUACGUCAACAACAACAUGGACAAUGCUGUCGGACGACUGUAUGUGCAGGAGGCUUUCUCUGAGAAGAGCAAAGAAUUGAUGGAGGAGAUGAUUAAAGACAUCCGCCAGGUGUUCAUCAGUAACCUGGAUGACCUGACCUGGAUGGAUGCAGAGACCAAGAAAGCAGCUGAGGAGAAGGCCCGAGCUAUUCGGGAACGGAUCGGCUAUUCUGACAACAUAAUGGAUGACAAAUACCUUGACAAUGAGUACAAAGAUCUGAGCUACAGUGCAGAGGAGUACUUUGAAAACAUCCUACAGAACCUGGAGUAUGUGCAGAAGAAACGCCUGCGGAAACUCAGAGUCAAAGUCAACAAAGAGGAGUGGGUAACCGGAGCAGCUGUAGUCAAUGCCUUCUACUCAUCCAGCAAAAACCAAAUAGUGUUCCCUGCAGGUAUCCUCCAGCCGCCUUUCUUCAGCAAAGGCCAGGCUAAAUCUCUCAACUAUGGCGGCAUUGGCAUGGUAAUCGGUCACGAGAUCACUCAUGGCUUUGAUGACAAUGGUCGCAACUAUGAUAAGGACGGUGACCUGAAGGACUGGUGGACACCAGACUCCACUCAGAGGUUCCUGGAGCUGUCAAAGUGCAUCGUCAACCAGUAUGGCAACUUCUCCUGGGACCUGGCCAAUGGACUUCAUUUAAAUGGUAACAACACCCUCGGGGAGAACAUUGCUGACAAUGGAGGGAUACGGCAGGCAUAUCAGGCCUAUAGGAACUAUGUGAAAGAGCAUGGAGAGGAGCCACCACUGCCUGGCAUCGACCUUUCCCACGAUCAACUCUUCUUCCUAAACUUUGCGCAGGUGUGGUGUGGAACACACCGACCCGAGCAGGCUGUUAAUUCCAUCAAAGUCGACGUACACAGUCCAGGAAAAUUCAGGGUACUGGGCUCCCUUCAAAAUUUCCCAGAAUUUGCCAAAGCAUUCAGCUGCAACAAGAGCAGCUACAUGGUCCCUGAAAACACCUGCCGUGUGUGGUGAUCCGCAGACCUCUGGGAUGGGGACUGUUCUGAUGUGGGUCGUCCUUGCCCCCUUACAGUACCUCUCCCCUCUGACUGUUGGAGCACUCGUGGGAGGCUACAGGGAAGCGGAAGCUCCCCUUAGUUCUUUACUGGAUGGACCAGGGCUGGUGGACUGACACUGCAGUAUGCACUUCCUCUGAGGAAAGCAGUGGACUGUACCCUCACGGACAGACGGAGCACUGUCUCUCUGACUCUGAUACUGUAGUUCAUUCAAUCAGCCUGAUUAUUCUGCUACUCACUGGAUACAAUCACUUCUUCUGUUUUUAUUUCCCUCCUCUCCAUUUUCAUCUUGUUUUAUUCAGCAUUUGUGAGUCUGCCAAUGUGUAUUAGAGUGUGAGUGUGUUUCAGUCAAAAUACUGUACAAGUAGUUGGCAAGGAGAGGGGCAGACAUACAAAUGUGCUGAAACCCACUGGCAUAUGAAUACAGCACACACCCACUCACACUUAUAUACAUGUACCAGGGCUGAACCACUGCACUGUAUGUGGGAUUGAGCUGUAUGCCUCUCAUGAAACCUCAGCUGGUUUCAGCCUUCAUCUACAUGCUGAUACACUUGUACAAUGUACUCGUAAUGUACUCUUUGUUAACAAGUAGGACUAGCUUAGGUAAAUUAUUACAGAAAUCAGAAUUUAUUUUGUCGAAUAGACCAGUAAAUAUUUAACCGUAAUUAUAUGUUACACAAUACUGUUCUAUAUUUAAAGUUAAUGACGGGCGGCUGCUGUUAAUUAGCAGUAUGUCAAAUAAACCAAAAUGAAGUUUUCGCCUUU